GAGGAGCCGGGCAGGAGGCGGCAGCCGCGGCGCGCAGUCCGGCCGCGCAGCGGGAGGGAGGCGCGAAGCAGGAAUCGGCGGCUGGGCUCGGCAGCGCAUCCAGCGCAGCUCCGCGCCCUGGUGCCGACCCCAUGCCCGCAGCCCAGCCGGCCCACCCUUGAGCGCGGGCGCCCUGCCCGCGCCCCAAGCCCGCCGGCACCAUUGCCCCGACGGCGCGUCCCGGCGGCCCGGGGCUCCCCAGGCUCCGCGCCGGCCGGAAGACGCUGCUGGCGGCCGCCGCGGGCGUGGUGAUGCUGCUGGUGCUGGUGGUGCUCAUCCCGGUGCUGGUGAGCUCGGGCGGUCCGGACGGCCACUAUGAGAUGCUGGGCACCUGCCGCAUGGUGUGCGACCCCUUCCCCGCGCGGGGCCCCGGCGCCGGCGCGCGGCCCGACGGGGGCGACGCCCUGAGCGAGCAGAGCGGCGCGCCCCCGCCCUCCACGCUGGUGCAGGGCCCCCAGGGGAAGCCGGGCCGCACGGGCAAGCCGGGCCCCCCGGGCCCCCCAGGGGAUCCGGGUCCUCCGGGCCCUGUGGGACCACCCGGGGAGAAGGGUGAGCCGGGCAAGACCGGCCCUCCCGGGCUGCCCGGCGCGGGUGGCAGCGGCGCCAUCAGCACGGCCACCUACACCACGGUGCCGCGCGUAGCCUUCUACGCCGGCCUCAAGAACCCUCACGAGGGUUACGAGGUGCUCAAGUUCGACGACGUGGUCACCAACCUCGGCAACAACUACGACGCGACCAGCGGCAAGUUUACGUGCAACAUUCCCGGCACCUACUUUUUCACCUACCAUGUCCUCAUGCGCGGCGGCGACGGCACCAGUAUGUGGGCGGAUCUCUGCAAGAACGGCCAGGUGCGGGCGAGCGCCAUAGCCCAGGACGCGGACCAGAACUACGACUAUGCCAGCAACAGCGUCAUCCUGCACCUGGACGCAGGGGACGAGGUCUUCAUCAAGCUGGACGGGGGCAAGGCACACGGCGGCAACAGCAACAAGUACAGCACCUUCUCCGGCUUCAUCAUCUACUCCGACUGAGCUCCCGUCUGAGGCUGCCCUCCCCGCCCGUGCCAGCGGGGAGAGGGGCACCGGGGAGGCAGUGCCCACCCCCUUGCCUGCCCCUGCCCGGGGACGGGACUCCAUGGCGCCUCCUCUCCGGGGUGAGGCUGGCUAGGGCAGGGGCAGGAAGACUCCCCGGCGUUCCCUCACGUCCCAGUCCCCGGCUGCCCCGUCUGACCAAAGCUACAGUAAAAAUACUUCACCCCGCCGGCUUCAGGCGCUACCCUUGGGGAGGCAGAGGCGUCCAGCUCCCCGCCGGAUUCAGAGGGGCUUGAGGGAGACGAGGGGGUAGUCAGGGGCGCUCCGGGAGGAGGUACCCGGGCAGCUGCGUGGGCAGCAUCCGUGGCCCUGGUGGACGCAUCCCCUUUUUUUUUUCCGUCCGUGGGUGUGACCCCAGCUUUCCAAAGGCAUGGCAAGGUUUAAGUUGGGAGACCCCCUUCUUGUCCCAGGGCCCCCCACCCCACCGCACUGUGUGAUGCCAAGCAACACCUUCCUUUCCCACCUGCCACACAAGGGACGCGCUUCAUGCACCACGGACCUCGGCCACACGUGUCACCCCGGGGCCUCAGCGUGGCGGGCUCUGCAGUGCAGGUGAUGAGACCAGGGGCUGAGGGCUCAGACGGAUUAGCAUGUGCUCAAUAAACCCCGCUGUUCUCUGUC